AUGGAAGCUUCCAGCUCUACUAAGGGCUUUUUCCAGCCAAAGCCUAUCAUUCCACCUCAGUUUUUGGAAGACAGAGCUCUCCAGCGAAUAAUAUCUCUUCACCUACCCUCGCCAAUUCCAAAGUCUAUCUCUGAGGAUCUCCUGCGAUUUUCUCACCUAGUUCUCUCAAAACCGAUCCUCGGCUACAUAGCAGAUGCAGAAAAGAACACCCCGACUAUAAAGUCUCAUAGCUCUUUCGGUGCCGAAAACAAAGAGGAUCCUUUAGUUACCACUGAGGGGUGGAGGGCGCUGCAAGACACAGGUAUUCGAGAAGGCAUAGUUGCCAUAGCCUACGAAGGAUCCAAGGACAAAUGGAAUCACCGGAUACAUCAAUAUAUCAAGUACCAUGUCUGGAGCGGGAGUUCAGCAAUUGUCACUUGCCCUAGUGCAAUGACAGACGGAGCCGCAAAACUGCUAGGCUGUCACCUGGACGAUGAAUAUGGCCAGGUUUUUGCAAAGGCAAGAGCCAAGCUGAUUAGCCGUGAAAAUGGCGUCGCAUGGACAAGUGGUCAAUGGAUGACGGAGCGCAAGGGUGGUAGCGAUGUGAGAGGCACCGAGACAAUUGCCACCAGAGUUACAGGCAACGACGAAACCGAUGGCUUCGAUGCUGAUGGCGUGCCUCUGGGCCCAUGGAAGAUCAACGGAUUCAAGUGGUUUUCGUCAGCAACUGAUGCCAACAUGACUAUACUUCUGGCCAAGACCGGGAAAGACGACCAGAUUAGCGCCUUUUACGCACCUCUACGGAGACGAGUCCGUGGAGGUGCCGAUGGAGAAACAGAACUCAAUGGUAUCAGGAUCCAACGACUGAAAAAUAAACUUGGUACCAAGCCCCUUCCAACAGCUGAACUCGAGUUGAAGGGUAUGCGAGGUUAUAUUAUUGGCAAAGAAGGGCAAGGAGUAAAGGAGAUAUCUACUGUUCUCAACAUCACACGAAUGCAGAACAUCGUCUCUGCAGUGGGCGCAUGGGGCCGUGGCCUUGCCAUUAGCCGGGCUUUUGCGAGAGUGAGAACGUCUGGAGGGAGGUUGCUGUGUGAUAUUCCAGCGCACGUACGAGGAUUGGCUCAGGAGCAUGUGAAAUACUGGGCCCAUAUGCAGCUGGCUUAUUUCAUCGCGGCGCUGCUCGGUCGUUCUGAAGGCUUCUCUCCUUCCAACGACUCGUCGGAUGCACGAUCCUGGAUGCUGCCUGAAGCCAUCAAAGACGUGAACGCGCUCUAUCGUGUCCUCACCCCUCUCGCCAAAGCUCAGACAGCGCUCUCUUCCAUCUACGGUCUCCGAGCCUGCAUGGAAAGCCUUGGCGGAGUUGGAUAUUUGGAAAACGAAGACCCAGAACUAAACGUUGCCAGAAUAUUCCGCGACACUAAUGUACUGGCUAUCUGGGAAGGCACCACAGAUAUAAUGGCCGACGAUCUAGUACGAUCGAUUCGAGGUGCAGGCGGUCCUCAAGUUCUGAGCACCUUGAAAGCGUGGCUAGAUAAAGCUUUUACCGUGGGUAGAAAGUCGGGGUUUGAAGAGCAGUCUUCCAUCCUGCAGUCCACGGCAGAAGAGCUGCUUUCAGACUUUGGCAGUAAGGAUAAGGAAGAAUUGAAGUUCAAGGGCAAGGAUUACCUGCGAGAGCUGGAUUUUCUCGUCUGCGGCUGUCUUUUGAUCCUUGACGCUGCGAGAGACCCAGACGUUUUGGCGCGAGAGAUUGCAUUACGUUGGAUUCAUGGUGGAAACAACUCUCGGAGUUGGAAAGAGGAUUCCGUGUGGGACAGGAAAAUUGUCUUUGGGGAUGAAUCAGCACAGGCCAAAUUAUGA